GAAUAAAAAGUAUGCUACACCAAACCAAAAGUAACCACACAACACGCAAAACCUAACAAACCCUCCUCCACCGCCGGCCGCCGCUAAUUCCAGUUUGACAAUGGUUGAUUCGGCAAAUCGCGACGCCAUACUCCAAAUCGAAAGUCGUAUCGAUAAAUUAAUGGAAGAUCCAACCAACAAUGAACAAGUUAUUUGUGAGUUGAAGAGUCUUCGUGAAAUUCUUCUUAAUCCUAACAAAGAAGAUGUCGACAUGGACCACGAAAAAAAAUCCACGCAAAACCUUACAAACCCUCCUCCACCGCCGGCCGCCGCUAAUUCCAGUUCGACAAUGGUUGAUUUUUCAAAGAGCGAGGUCAUAGACAUAAUCGAAAGACGUAUCGAUGAUGGUAAACUACAGGAAAAUCCAACCUUCUGGGAACCCGUUAUUCGUGAGUUGGAGAAACUUAGGGAUAUUCUUACAAACCCUCAUCCACCACUACCGGUCGCCGCUAAUUCCAUUUUGACAAUGGUUGAUUCGGCAAAUCGCGACGCCAUACUCCAAAUCGAUAGUCGUAUCGUUGAACUAAAGGAGGAUCCAACCACCAACAAAGAAGUUAUUCGUCAGUUGAACAGGCUUCGUGAAACUGUUUUUCGUUUUUACAAAGAAGAAGUCUUCGAAGAAAAAAGCAAAACGAAAUUCGACGAUGAUGACUUUGAAGAGAUGAUGGAGAAAACUCGUCUCGUUAGUGCUAUUGUCGACUUGCUUUCCUUUCCUUCACCGGAACAUAGUUUGUUUAAUCCAGAUAUGCUUGUUAUCCUUCCUGAUGGUGAUCCGAUGCUUCUUCUUACUAAAAAUGAUUUGGCCUCUAUCCAUCAAUUUGUUUCGAAACCUGUUGAUUACAGUGAGCAGCAUAUUAUGCACGCUAUUUCGUCAUUCUGUAUCAAAGCUAAGUGGUGGCUUGCACGCAAUCCUGGUGUUAAUGAUCUGAGUGUCAGCUUGAAUAAGAUCAUUUCUGUAAUCGACAAUCCGGAAGAUAAACUCAAGAAAGAUGCCGCCACCAACUUUGAAACACCGGAAAUGGAAAAACUCUCUGCCGACAAUGGCCAGCAAUCUAAUAGCCAAGACAGAAAACGAUUGAAAAAGUCUGAUGAACAAGAAAAGAACUCUGUAAAAGUCCUUUUCUCUCGAAGAGAAGAACAACUACGUCAAGAGAGCCCCUCGUGAGAGGCUUAAGACCAACUUGAACACUACCGAUGUGUACAUAAUUGUAUUUUUUUGUUUAUAUGUUCAUUAAUACUUUUUUUGUGAGAAAAGAUGAAUUUCUUCAUCGUCACAUUUUAGUUUAAAUUUUUGUUCCACGGUUCUAAUAACAUAGUCAGAUUUGUGGAAGAAAGAUCUA